UGUGUAGAGACCCAUGGGCUUGACCUAAUCAAUGAUGGGCUGAUUAGGGUUAAGCACUCUAUAAAUAAGGGGUUAUGGUCCCUAGUUGUACACGUCAUUCUGUCUUUCUGCAUCCCAUCGCUAGAGAGAUAAUCCCGAGGGUGUGUAUCAACUAGAAGACACAAACCCUAGCCUCCGUCUCCCGGAUCUCUAAAGGCCAUCUCCCAUGGAGUCAGUCAACAAUUCUGCUGCUACAAUAUCUGCUAAUAUUAAUAGCAUCCCAAUGCUUAACGGCACGAAUUUUAAGGAAUGGAAAGAGAAUGUUAUGAUCGUUCUCGGUUGCAUGGAUCUAGACCUUGCACUUCGGACUGAGAAACCCGCCGCUCUUAAGGACACAUCUACCCUCGAUGAAAAGAGGGAGAUGGAGAGGUGGGAACGCUCAAACCGCAUGAGUCUAAUGAUCAUGAAACGUGCAAUUCCAGAAUCAUUCAGGGGCACAAUGUCUGAUGAGGCCGAUGCAAAAUCAUUCCUUGCCGAACUUGAAAAGUGUUUUGCUAAAAACGAAAAGGCGGAAACUAGUACUCUUUUGAGCACUCUUGUUUCCAUGAAGUAUAAAGGCAAAGGGAACAUAAGGGAG